AUGGGACGAAGGCGCUCAAGUGGUGGCUCCGAUGAGGACGCGGCGCGCGCGCCGGCCUCUAAGUCUCAUCUUCCGUGGGGAAUGGAGAAGAAGGAGAUGCAGCCUAGUUCACUGACGUCGCUGACUGAUGACAAAUUGGCGCGCUUUGUGCUGGGCCAUCAGAAGAAGACCAAGUUCCAGAAGGAGAGAGAAGACCGCGAAGCUAAGAAGCGACAGGCGGACGAAGAAGCAGCCAUGAUCUAUGCGACGUUCGUGGCAUCCUUCGAUAACGAGGACGAGACUAAAGGCAAGACGUUUGUGAGGGCAGCAAUUCAAGGCGAUCGACAGUCAAGUGGAGAAAUGUACCGGCUAAAAUCUAAGGAAUCGGAUGGUUCUUUAGGACCUUUUUCUGCUGAAAUUAGAGGGUCGGUGAUGAACAAAAAGUCGAACGAAAAUAAAGGGAAAGAAACGGAGCAGAUGCAACUUAAAAGACAAAUUAUGACGAUUCAUAGGCCUAAAAAGCGACGAGCCAUUGAUGAGUUCUUAGAGGAGAUGAAAGAGCGAGGUCCUGCGCCGGUCUCGCUGGAAGGAGCUGAGAUCGUCAAAGGAUCGUUUGAUGAUGGCAAUCCCGACACGACGAAUUUGUAUGUGGGGAAUCUGGCCCCAACGAUCACUGAAGAAGUUUUGGAGGCGGAGUUUGGACGGUUUGGAGAAGUAUACUCGGUAAAAAUCAUGUGGCCUCGAUCGGAAGAAGAGCGUGCACGUAAACGUAACUGCGGCUUUGUCAGCUUCUACGAGCGUCGUGACGCUGACGAUGCUCGGGUCAAUUUAGACAACAAGGAGUUGGAAGGUCAGCCUAUGAUUGUUGGAUGGGGUAAAGCAGUUAAAAUUACGCCUCGGGAUCGCACCUCUGAAGUGUUUCUCCCAUCAACGGUAACAUCGGCUUCUGUCAUGGCUGUUGAUAAGCAGAAACUAACCAGCGAUCAGACUAUUAGGAUCGAAUUACCUAAUGAAGAAGUAAGGCGACGUGUGGAUCACCUUGCUCACUAUGUGGCGACAGAUGGACUUCAGUUUGAGAAUGCUGUUCGCAUGCGUGAAGCUAACAAUACGGACUAUGAUUUUCUCUUCAAAUCUCAGUCUACCACAGCGUUGUAUUAUCGGUGGCGAGUCUACUCAUUAGCAAUGGGAGAUGAUGAGUACUUAUGGCGUAAAAGGCCAUUUCAAAUGACCGAUGAAGGGCCUGUGUGGAUUCCACCUGAUGUGCCUUCUCCGCCACAUAAGAGCAGAAAGCGCGGAUCUCGACUACCUGGGUGUUACGACACAGGCCCCACGUCGGGUCAGCAGAAACACAAUAAAAGUGGAAGCUAUGGUCGGAACAGGUCGCAAAGUUCCAGUCCGAGGUCUAGACGAUCUCACCGACGAAGUGGAAGUGGCAGCUGUCAUCGAUCUCGUAGCGGUUCAUUUAGCUCUGACGGUGACCGCGAUGCCCGGAGAGCUCGGAAGCGCUAUAGCCGAAGCAGAAGCAGAAGCCGCUGUCAUCGCAGUCACUCGAGGUCAUCUGAUAACUCAAACUUACAAGUACGUAGUCGUCGCUCGCGUUCCCGAGAUGACAGGCGUCGUGAUGACAGCCGACAUGAACGAAGCCGACAGAUAAGGCAUGUUGAUGGCCGAAGUGGACAAGAAAUAGGUUAUAUUGAUAAGACUGAAAAUCUACUGACCGGGCAGCAAAUUGCACGUGCACGUGACAUGGAGAGAGGUCGGGAACGAAAUCGAUUGUCAGGUGAAGACUACGAUGAUUUUAAAGAAUUGCUGGGCAAAUUGACCUUGGAGAGAGAAUCCGUGAAAGAGACGAUGGGCUUUGCUUUGGACAAAUCAGAAGCAGCGGUGGAUCUGGUUAACAUUAUUUUGGAAUCUUUUAAGAGCUCAAAUUCGUCUGGCGUCACUCUCAUUGGCCUUUUGUAUGUGACGUCCGACAUUUUGCACAACAGCUCGGCUGCUGUGAAGAAUGCUUCGCUUUUCCGCACGAUGUUUCAAGAAUGCCUACCAGAAAUAAUGGAUACGCUGCGUGUUGUGCACAAAAACAUAGUUGGUCGCAUGUCGGCAAAUGCGAUGAAGGAAAAGGUGAUGAAUGUGCUCUCUGCUUGGGGAAAUUGGAGUUUAUUCCCGCCAGCUGUGCUUUUAGGCCUUCAUGCUUCAUUUCUAAGAAAAGUGGAGGAGGACGAGUAUAUGGCGUCAAGCAAGUUUCGUAUCGACGGCAUUGGUGAAUCCGAUCUAGAGCGACUACGUAAGACAUGCCGACAAUCAGGAAUUAUGGCUACUGGAGAUGCAAAGCGGCUUGUUGCUCGCUUACAAUGGCUCAAGGAGUUUACGUCACCGGCUGCGUCAACUGAUCCGUGGCAGACAGUGCCAGUUCUAAUGCCCGGUGCUCAACCGAGACACGAAGUCGAUACUUCGGGCGGGUUAAAGGCUCACACAGACGACGUGACAGCAAAGGAAAUUGAGAAUGUGACGAGAGAAGACGGACUUAACUUUGCUGGUGGUUUGAUUGAUGAGGAGAAUCUGGAAGGGGAUUCUAUUGAUGGAGAGCCAAUAGUUGAGGAUAGUAACGAUAUUGACGGCGAGCCUAUGGAUGAAGAAGAGCUUGAUGGCGAACCAUUCGACCCCGAUGAAGGUGGAGACGGACUAGAUGGAGAGUCACUUGAUGGCGAAGAUUUUUUAGACGGAAUUCCAAUGGAUGAAGGUAUGGAUGGGGGGAGCCUAUCUAAGCUACCAUAG